CAACGCACCUCUUUCCUUUUCAUCCAAAGUUUGUUACAUAAAGUAUCGAGACCCUUCCAGUGUUGGGGUGGCACAGCAUUUAACCAACACUGUAUUUAUUGACCGAGCUCUUAUUGUUGUGCCAUGUGCAGAAGAUCACUAGACUGGCCCAGGCGUUACACUACUACACUAGCCUGACUCAAGGCAUUGUUUUCCAAGCCACUAUACCCGCCGGGGCCCACGCUGCCUUCAAGGGGGGAAUGUGACCAGGAGCGUAGCCGCUGAACCUUCCAAGAUGGACACCUUGUCUCUUUUUUUGUUUUAUUUUAUUUUGUUUCUUUGUUUUUAUUUCUCUCACAUGUUGUCCCUUUUUGCCUCUUAGAAGAGUUGCAUAUUCAUUGUGUUGUUUUUCUUUUUCUUUUUUUUCUGUCCCCUUGUCCCUCGUUCCCCAACCCCACAGUUGCUCCUUUGCCUGUCUUUGAAAGCUGUCCAGGUUGACUUGGCGCCCAGUAUUGGAGGAAAGUUUGAACGUGAUGCAGCCAACAUGAACGGUUGUCUUGUGUUGCACACCCUUUCCAACACUGCGAAACGAUCGCCCCAGGGAGAAAAGCGUCCAUGCUUGAUAUCGUAUGGUUCAUGACCAAUAUGUUUCCAGUACAGGAAAAAUCCCUGAAGAGACAAAGGCCCUCUCGCUUUUGGCCCCUGCCGUGCCUGUCGCAAGCCUGAUGAGCGGUGGUGGACUUCUGCCUAUCCCCAGUCCUACUACACUACAGAACCGAAGUCUUCCUUUAGCUAAUCUGGGGGUCUUGAAGUCUAGUUUGGAGACAUCUGUGGCAGCUGUCAGUGGAAGGACAUCACAGCCUCCACUCAUUGGCAAUGUUGAUCCUUCGAAAAUCGAUGAGAUCAGAAGGACCGUCUAUGUCGGCAACUUGAAUUCACAGACCACCACGGCUGAACAGCUACUUGAGUUCUUUAAGCAAGUUGGAGAUGUACGGUUUGUUAGGAUGGCCGGAGACGAAACUCAACCUACACGUUUUGCCUUUGUGGAAUUUUCUGAUCAGGAUUCAGUGACACGAGCUCUUACCUUUAAUGGUGUCAUGUUCGGAGACAGACCACUUAAGAUUAACCACUCCAAUAAUGCCAUAGUGAAACCUCCAGAGCCCACAGCACAGGCCGCAGCCAAAGAACUGGAGGAUGUGAUGAAGAAGGUCAGAGAGGUUCAGUCGACAAUCGCUGCUGCUAUUGAGCCAGUGGAGGACAAGAAGCGGCCGUCUAGCAGAUCCAGGCAUACCAGAAGAUCCAGAUCUCGCUCCCAGUCACACUCACAAAGAAAGCGAUCCAGAUCCAGACACAGGGGUCACCUAUCCCAGAGGUCUCGACAGAAAGUGAACGACUUGCGAGGGUCCGACAGAAGAUGCUCACGGUCCCGAGAAAAAAAACACAGCCGGAGUCGAUCUCACUCUAGGGACAGGAGGAAGGCGAAAGAAGGAAAGUUGCGGAAAAAUCAAAAUGGGGAUGACAAGAGACCGAGGGAUAAAAAAAGAAGAACGCCUUCUAAAGGUUACUGCGUAGCAAGACGCUCCAGCAGUACAAGCAGAGGUAACAAAAGAAGCAAAUCUCGAUCGCCAAGGCGGAGAGCCAGAUCACCAUCGCCAAGAAGAGGGAAGAAGGAUAGAAAGAAAGAAACAUUGUGGGACGCUAGCAAGGGAAGAAGAGAGAGCUCAGGAUUGAGGAGGAAACGCAGAGAUUCCGUUCACAAGACGAAUCCCUCACAGGUGGAGAGGAGCUAUGAGGAGGUGGACCAUGAGUAUUACAGCGACGUUGAGGGCUCAGGCUCUGUGGCCAGUAAUGAGAAAUCUCCCCAAGCUCAUCACAACGGCAGCUACAGGAGCACUUACGCAGAAGAGGACGACCUCUCUGCUGCCGAGUGAUUACAGACUGUCAUGAAAUGCCAAGAACUGCGUUUAAUGGUAGUGGACAGCGCAUCAGUGCAUUUUAUUGUAACAGCGGUCACUCCUUUUGAAACUUUUUCCUCGUGUUCAUUGGUGUGUGUGAUUGUAUGCUUCUAAAAUCUUUUACAGAACAUUAUUUGCUGCUGUGAAUAUGCUAACUGUCAUAUGAUAUUCAUAUGGAAGAAAAAUUAAAGUUUCGGAUACAUGUUUAGCAUGGUGAGAGCAAUGGCGUAUUGAAAGGAGUGGGUUGAGGUUGCGUUAAAAACGAGUUUUCACAUUCGUUUUCUUUUGCAUGUAAUGUGUUUCAGCCUAAAUGGAAAGUUAUUGUUUUAUGCUAUUUUUGUGUGCGCUUUGCUUUUUCUUACUACUCGUGUAACAGUUUUUAUUUUAGGGUGGAAAAAAGCCUUACAGAAAUCCUGUAUUGCAUAAACAAGGAAACAGUCCACGAUUCAACUUUUGCUUAAUAACUUGAGAAAGUAAUGCUUAUUUAAAAAUGUACAGUUUUUAACAGUUUUUAUGUUCAAACGUGAAAAAAACAUUGUUAAAUGUGUAGAGAAUAAUCAUGGUAAAAGUGCCUAGACAGAUUGUGUGGCAAAAAGAUAUUUAUAAACAUUGUAAAUCAAAGUCGUAACGGAUUUAUAUAUCUUGUGCUAUAACCUUAAUAUUAUAGUGUGAAAUGCUUAAUUUUAUCUUUAUUUUUAACAGUAUUUUGCUUAAAUCAGUGAAUAGAGACCUACAGUAAUAUGUGGUAUGUGUUAUAUAUUUGUUGUGAGAAGUCUGGCGAAUACAGGACAGUAAAGCUGUCUCAUUCAGAACAACUACAAUUUAAAUCUUUAUGCUUCUGAAUAUUAUUUAUUUUUAUAUGAAGUAUUUUUUGUUCAUUCUAAUAGUGAGUGGGUAUAUACUAUAUAUAACUAUGUAUUUGUUAGUAGCAGGAAUAUGAUUAAGAUGAAGACGAUGCUUUGACAUUUACAAGCGGUGUCAUUCCGUACAUGUAUAAACAGAUUUCCCAACACAAAAUUGCUAUUAAAGAAAUGAUACCUGA